AUGGCACCACCAGUCCCUGUAUAUACGAGAGAUGAAGUCAAGAUGCAAUUUCCACAGUACAUGAUGAAAUUUUUGCCUUCAAACUGUGAGCUGUACUCCAUCAUCCAGAACCAAUGUACCUUCUCUGCUGACGAGAUAAUAUGUGUGCCCUUCAAGAGGGUGUUUGCCAAAUGCCGGAGGGGAAACCAAGAAGCCAAGAGGAACAUAAUACCAGAGAAUGGAGGACUGAAUUUAACUGGAAAGAAACUAAUCCCAAGAGAAUACACAGUCAUUGAAGUUACGGACUCCCUAACGAACAAGUACGACAAUAGUAGCCUCAUGGACAGAUUUUUUGAGGCAGAAAGAGAUUUAAUGAUAAGGUUUCAAGAAUAUGAGGAACGGAACAGUAAGGAAGGAGAAAUAAAGUAG